AUAAACGAAAAAAAUUUCAUUUUUAGAUAAAACCAAAUACUUCAACAGUCCUAAAAAACGCUGUAAUUAGAAAGCGAAGAAGAACUAACGAUGCAAAACUCUGGGAAGAAAGAGAAAAUGGCGACGAGAGUUCUGCCCAAACCUCUUCGUUUUGAGAACUAUGAUUUCUUCUUUAACAAUCCCGUCUCUUCUGCUUCUACAUUAAACUUCCACCAACUCAAUCAGAUUGUUCAGAUUCACGGAUUUUACAAGCUUAAUCAUGAAAACCGUCGCAAGGAGAUGGUUCUAGUCUUCUAGAAGCAUUGAGUGGAAUUGAUGAGUUCAUAAAUUCUCAUCGUUCAACAUUGGAUGAAACCUUGAGUUUUAACAAUGGCGAUCUUACUAUUGAUGAAGUAAAUGAUGACCUUGAUACUCUUCAAUGGCAAGAAUUCUCAGUCCAGCACUUCCAGUCUCUCUCUUAUAACGACACCGAUAACGAUAACAAUGGGAGUGUUCAUUUGGAGGAACUGAAACCCAGGAAGAGAGUGAGGAAAGUGAAGGAGAAGAAGGUAUUUGACAUGGUUUAUUCGACGAGACCCAGGUCAAUGAAGAGCCAAAAGAGGAGGAACAUUAAUGAGAUUGGAUUAUCUGCUUGUUUGGUUUAAGAGUACGCCAUUUUUCGUUGUUUUCGAGUUUUGGUUGAUUGAGGUUUGCCUGCUAGGUGUUUGUAGAUAUGUCCAAAUGAAAAUCACAAAGUAGUAGUUCUUUCUUUGUGAGGAGAUUGAAUAGGUUCUUUGAUUUGGGGUUUCAUGGUUUUUUUGUGCAGUUUUGAUGUGAAGAGAUUGUAGGGAAAGUUGCUCAUUAUGUGUUUGUGAAAAUGUCAGUAUGAGAUAUUACACAUGUUUCUUUCAAGUAAAUAAAAUGGGUUCUUUACUACUUUUUUGCCUUUUGUGUUGUAUAUGAGUAUAUGAUUGUGGUUUAAUUUAAAGUACACGGUACAUAUGAUUUAAGUUGGACAAAUGUGGUAGUAUAUAAUGAAGUAAUUAAAGCAUACUAAGCCUAAUUACAUCAUCUUUUGCACUACCAAGUGAGAGAUAUAAUGGACUAGUAGACUGAUAAUAAUCCACAAAAGUGAAAAAAAAGAGUUCAUAUAUGUAAUGAUUGGAUGUUCGGAGUAUAUGUUCCGACUCGUUUACAGAGUUCAUAUAAAAAUCGUUGGAGUCUCCAAUACGAUAUGGCGCUGGACAUUUGGUACAAGGCCAAUAAUAAACGAAUCACAAAUUUUUUGUCUAGAGAUCCACAGGACCUCAUCCUUGCAUGAUUUUUUUGUCAUGGUCCAGGUUCUAUAGUGCAAGCUUAUUGGAGAUUUCGUAUAAUUACAGCAGGAAAAUAGUAUCUUAGUGUAUUGGUUAAAACUUUCUGGAUAUGUAGGCAGCUAUAACAGCCCUUUUUUGUUAACGACCAGCUAUGAAACCGCUUACAGCAGUGUGCUCAUUAAUGUUAAGAGCGAAUGUUACAUUAUUUUUUUGACGCUUAUGUGCUUUAUGGCUUUAUGAUGUCUCUGAAGUCAAGCUUCUCUAGAACAUGAGCUCUUGAUAGAUUCCCCUGUUUGAGUAGUUGCGCUUGAUCAACUAGUGAAUCAUGCUAGUUUUGUGCCAAUAACUAGUAAUACCCGAACCAAACCUACCAAGCUUUGUCCCUUUUGGACUCCAUCUAUUAGUCUUCCACAAGUAACAAGUGUUUAAGGAUAUUUGUAUCAAUUUUACCAAAUGAUUUUAUUGGUAUGAUUUAUGAGAGGUGGAGAAACAUUGCCAGCAUCUUUCUCUCUAAACUUUCACUGAAAUUUUUUCCAAUAAAUUUAUCCUCAAGAUUCUCUGGCAUCCAAAUUUACCAUUGUUUGGUGAUGCAGUGAUGUACAGCAGCUGAUCUCUGGUAUACUUGCUGUUCACACAAAUGUUUGAUUAUUGCAUUUCUAAAUUAGUGUUUUACAACAUCUGUCCGUAUAUGUAUUAUAAUGCAUGCAAACUUAAUAAUGUUUAUUGGGUGAGGGGGGGAGGGGAGGAGGGGUGAGGGCGAAGGGGAGGGCUCUUCACAUUGAUUAUUCUCAAAAAAUUUGUGGUGGAGCUGUUAUGUUUUCAGGCGAACAUGGAUAGAGCCAAAUAUAUGCUGAAUCCAGAACAUGCAGUUUCCUGUUGCUUUUUUCGAGGAAUUAUCGCGAAAAUUUUAGGCCAAUCACUGAUGUUGAUGGAACUGAUCAGGAAGGAAAUGACUCCUAAGAGUAUGUGGGCUUCUCAUUGCAGAGGAGGACAAAAUGUAAUCAUAAACACAAAGACUACAUGGUAUGAGGUCGCAGAGAUGGCAAACCAUGAGGAGCUUGUUGGAGUAGUCCGAGGGUGCAUAAAAAAGCUGGGGUUUUCCCUCAGGAGUUCACAUUUGAAGAUGGGAUGUAUAUUGGGUCUUCGGGUAUCUCCAAGACACAGACAGAUGGGAGUUGGACUCAACCUGAUGAAAGCAAUUGAAGAAUGGCUCACAAGAAAUGGUGCAGAGUAUAUGUAUCUAGCUACUGAGGAAAACAAUGCUGCCUCUCGAAACUUGUUCACUCUCAAAUGCCAAUAUAAAGUAUUGAGUCCUUUGCAGAUAUAUGUACUUCCUAUUGAUAAUCCUCUUAAGAAACUGAGCUCGAACGUAUAUAUAGAGAAGUUGCAGGUCAACCAGGCAGUAUCCUUCUAUAAAUAUCAGCUCAAAUGCAAAGAUCUAUAUCCAGACGAUAUUGAAGCAAUAUUGAGGGGGAAUCCAAGCCUCGGCACAUGGGUAUGCUAUUUCAAUGAUGAGGUUUGGGAAGGUCUGCAUGUGAGUGAAGAUCAGAACACCGAGACAAUAAUCAGUACAAAACCGAGCUCCUGGAUUGUUUUCAGCUUAUGGAAUAGUCGUGAGGUUUACAAGCUUCAAAUACGAAGGUUCAGUCAUUUCUCGUACUUUCUACACGCAGCUUUAACCUGUGUAAGUGAGGUCAUUUCUCCUUGCAUAAAACUACCAUUAGUCCAAACUUCAUCUCAAAAACCUUUCGGGUUUCUUUUUUUGUAUGGACUUUUGGGUGAGGGAAACAGGUUGAGGGAGCUUAAUAAGACGGCGUGGAACUUUGCAGCUAAGUUAGCUAAAGAUGCUGACUGUAAGCUGGUAAUGACGGAGGUAGGUGACUCUGAUCCCCUUAAAAAGCAUAUUCCUUCAGGAUCUUCCAUGUUGAGCAUCAAGGAUCUUUGGUACUUCAAGAACACUGACAAUGUUGGUGGUAAUAAUGAAGAGAUAACAAUGGCAUUAUCUGGUGUUUUAGGGAAUGUGUUUGUUGAUCCAAGAGAUUUUUAGGCAGGGAAACAAAACAAGUAUAAAAAGCGGUUAAAGUUCUCAGUCCUGCUUGUAGAUCUGAUAUUAUGUAUUGGAGCUCUGUGUGUUAUGGUGUAUUAGGUGAUAUGUCGAUUAUGGGGAUGUUUAAUCUCGUCAUUGGUACAAAAGUGCUGUUGUGUUUAUUGUAACUCAAUUAUGAAAAGUAUAAUAACAUAUUCGUUUAUUGUAA